AAAGAUCUUCAAGGGCAACUGGCAGAUUACAACAUGCUGGUUGACAAGCUGAACACAAACACUGAGAUGGAUGAAGUGGUGAAUGACAUAAUCAUGCUGAAAGCACAGAACGACAGAGAAGCUCAUAGUAUGGACAUGAUAUUCACAGAGAGACGAGAGAAAGAGGAUAUGAUCAGAACUGUGGAGGAUGAUAUAGUCCAAGAGAAACAGGCUGCCCAAAACAUAAUUCAGAAGAUGUCAGCUGAUAAACAGGCCAAGUACACUGAGAUGAAAGCCACCAAUGAAGAGCUAAUCCAGGAGCUGGAUUCCCUUCAAGAGGAACUGGACACUCUGAUGAGUAGGAAGGAGAUGUUUGAGGUGAUGGGCCACCAGAGCUUGAAUCAGGUUUGUGUCAUCUACUAG